AUGGUCAAAGAAAUAAUGAAAAGGGAAGUUGCCAACAUUUUCGUAGUUGACUGGAACACGGGGGGUAAAGGAAUUUUGUAUCACCAAGCUGUUGCAAACGCACGUCUGGUGGGUGCUGUUGUAGCCAGCAUCAUAAAGACACUUCAGGGUGAUUUUCAUGCUUCUAUGAACACCUUCCACCUAAUUGGCCACAGUCUGGGGGCACAUAUUGCUGGUUAUGUAGGGCAAGCAGUAUCAGGACUUGGACGCAUAUCAGGUCUUGAUCCAGCGGGUCCAGGCUUCGAGGGAACAGAUGAUCAAGUCAAGUUAGAUUGUUCAGACGCCCAGUUUGUUGAUAUAAUCCAUACAGAUCCAGGCUGUCCAAAUGCACUUUAUUCACAUGCUGUCAAUCUUUUGCAAGGAAACAUCAGAGAAUUAGUGAGUGGAGUGCUGUGUGAUCAUUGGCGUGCUGUAGAUAUCUAUCUGUCAUCUAUUAAUGAAUGCAACUUUUAUGCCUGCCGGACUGCAUCAGUGCACAGUGCCAUCUGGGGCCACUGCAAUACCAAAGUUUCCAAAGAAUUUGUCAUGGGAUAUGAUGCACAAGUUACUCCUCCAGGAAUUUAUUAUGCAAAAACAAGCCGAAAAAGACCCUUUUGUUGA